AUGCGUGUGAAUACGGUGAUUAUAUGGGCAACCAAACACUUUCGGCAAUACCUCGAAGUGGGUUCCGUGAUUGUCCGCUCCGACUGCAAAGCUCUGGAAUGGCUAAAAAACGCUCGAGAUCCAACAAGCCGUCUUGCACGAUGGUCUAUGAAACUGUCUCCAUACAACAUUGCCAUACAACAUCGACCAGGUACAAGCAACCCAAACGGCGAUUUUAUGUCUCGCUAUCCAUUACAGACCAAUACUACCACCGCUCAAGAACUGAAUUCAUUAGAAUCAGGUAUCAACAUCUUAGAAGGUACCAACCUUCUGGAUAAUAUUCGGUCAGCACAACCGAAGGGCGCACGCCUAUUACGUAUCAUCCAAUCUCUUUCAUCACAACUUCCUGGCCCGUUCAACGCUACGCACUCUCCAUACAUUGUAAUCAAUAUUCUUCUCUACAAAAUCCGCCAUUUCAAUUCGUACACCGAUCAGCGACUUCUGGGUUCAAAAUAUCUCAUCGUUAUAUCACAAACGCUAGAAACGACAAUCGUCAGAUGGGCACAUGAUCACCCCACCGCCGGUCAUGCCGGACGUCUCCAACACUAUGUCGUCUUGCAUCGCAGGUUUACUGGCUCUCAAUGCGACAAGAUGUAUUCAAAUAUAUUCAAUCCUGCUUAUCAUGCCAACAAUUCAAACACUCAAACGCUCCUACUGCAAACCCUAUGCAGUUACACACCAUAUCUCAACCAUGGCAUACUAUAG